AUGGCCUCCAGAGACUACAAUAAAGAGUUCUUCAACGUCACCUUCCCCUACCAAUAUGUCGCCGUCGUGGAAAUCGAUCGCCAAAAGAAACUCAACUCUUACACGCAACAAAUGUUCACAGAUAUUGGGACUAUCUUCUCCAGACUAUCCAUAGACCCAGAAGUCCGCGUCAUCGUCUUGACAGCAGCCGGCGAGCGAGCUUUCACAGCCGGACUGGACGUCACCGCGGCGGCAAAUGGGCCCCUCACAGGCGACGGCAUGGCCGACCAGAAAUGCGAGGAUACCGCGAGGAAAGCCUGGUCGUUACGGAGGCAUAUCAAAGAAAUCCAGGAACCUGUCAGCGAGAUUGAGAAGUGCGAGAAGCCUGUCAUCUGUGUGAUGCACGGGAUUUCGUACGGUGCGGCGAUUGAUAUCUCGACUUGUGCGGAUAUCCGGAUUUGUUCCAAGGAUGCGAGGUUCUCUGUUAGGGAGGUGGCUAUUGGACUUGCGGCGGAUGUUGGGACUUUGACGAGGUUGCCCAAGACUAAUGUGGGUAUGAGCUGGAUUAAGGAUGUUUGCCUAACUGCGAGGGACUUCGGUGCUCAGGAGGCUUUGUCUGUGGGAUUUGUGUCGGGAGUCUUUGAGAAUAAGAAGGCUGCGUUGGAUCGGGGGUUGGAGCUUGCGAAGGACAUUGCGAACAAGAGCCCUGUGGCUGUUCAGGGGACCAAAGCGGUGAUCAACUAUUCGAGAGAUCACUCUGUGAAUGAUGGUCUGGAUUACAUCGCGGUAUGGAACGCAGCAAUGCUGCAGACCAAGGAUGUCAAGGAUGCCCUGAUGUCUGGACUGCAGAAACGCACACCAACAUUCGAGAAGCUGUAG